AUGAGGGAGUUUCGAGAGGUCUUAUCAGAUUGCCACUUGAGAGAUUUGGGUUAUGUAGGUCCUGCUUUUACUUGGAGUAAUCAUAGAGGAGAGGAGGAUUUAGUGAAGGAAAGGUUAGAUCGCUUUCUUGCCAAUUCUUUGUGGUGUGAUAUGUUUCUAAAUCUUCAAGUAACACAUGGAGUUGCAGCCUACUCCGAUCACAUUCCAAUAUGGUUGGAUACUGAAGGGGCUUUGUUUAGAAGGAGGAGUAGGAGGUUGUUUAGAUUUAAGGCUAUGUGGGUGGGCGAAAAGGAAUGUUCUUCAAUUAUUGAGAGGGUUUGGUGCCAGAGAAAUGGUCCUAUUUCUUUGGAUCAGAUUAUGGGAAGAAUUUCUAGCUGUGCUACUGAGUUAGGAAGAUGGAAUAAGGCUUCUUUUGGCCAUGUGCAGAAAAAUUUAGCUAGUGCUAAAAGGAGGCUUCAAUGCUUAGAAGAGAAUGACUCUAGAUCACAUCUUCUAGAGGAACAUAAACAAGCAUGUCUUGAGGUUCAAAAAUGGCUUGAAAGGGAUGAGUUAAUAUGGAAGCAAAGAUCUCGGGUGAAGUGGCUCAGAGAAGGGGAUUGUAAUUCCCAGUAUUUUCAUUCUAAGGCAUCUACUAGACGAAGAAAGAAUAGUAUUAUGCAGUUGCAAGAUGAGUCUAGGAUUUGGCAAAAAGGGGAUCAGAUGGAUGUCUUAAUUACUGAAUAUUUUCAGAAUCUGUUCACUGUUGCAGAUCGUGUGGAUAUGGAGGAUGUUCUUUCGGGUGUUGAGGCAAGAGUCACUGCUGAGAUGAAUUAG